AUGUUUUCCACUUUAUGGAUUGGUCUAUUUGUGAUAAUAAUUAGCAGCUAUGGUUUCUCUGUCAUUUAUGGGCGGAAAAGACGACUUCCACCUCUCCCGCCAGGCCCCUGGCGGAAACCCAUCAUUGGUAAUUUGACGGAUCUGCCCAGACCAGACGAGCAAGACUGGCAGCAUUGGCUAAAGCAUAAAGACUCCUUUGGACCUAUUAGCUCCCUUGCCGUGCUUGGGAAGAAUAUCAUCAUUCUGAAUGAUGCUCAACUAGCUGUCCAACUCUUGGAAAAGAGAUCGGCUAUCCACUCUCUACGUCCUCAACAAACGUUCACUGACAUGUCCGGCUGGGACGAGAUCCUCGGAGCCCUCCGAAAGCCAGAGGAUGUUCGAAAGACACGCAGGAACCUUUACCAAGAAAUUGGAUCUAACAAGUCUAUCUUAUCUUUCAAUGACAUUCAGCAAGCCGAGGUCGCUCAUCUCUUAUUGAAAGUUCUGGAAGCCCCAGAAAAGCUUCAACAACAUAUUCGAAAGCGAGUAGAGAUAUUCCCUCAAAUCCCCAGAGAGGCUGGCGCAAUCAUAUUGAAAAUUGGCUACGGCUACACCAUUGAACCCCACGGUAACGAUCCCCUCGUGGACCUGGCCGAUAAAGCAAUGGAGGACUUUUCAUACGCAUUGCUCCCAGCAACGUGGGCAGUGGAUUUCUUCCCAAUGCUGAAACACUUGCCGACAUGGCUCCCCGGCACAGGAUUUAUUAAGACAGCACAGGCCUACAACAGACGCGUAAAAGCGUUCAGUGGUAUCCCAUUUGCAUUUGUUAGACAACAGAUGCAAAGUGGAUGCUUCACACAAUCGUUCCUGUCUAAUCUUCUUGCAAGCAAUCCUGUGGAGCCGGGGUCAGAAGAUGAGAAUAUCGUCAAAUGGUCUGCUGGAUCUUUAUAUGCUGGAGGAGCGGAUACAAAUAAAUCGACCGUGUCCUCCAUUGCGAGCUUCUUCCUGGCGAUGGCAUUAUUCCCUGAAGUGCAACUCAAGGCACAGUCGGAACUAGACACGGUGGUUGGAAGAACCAAGCUACCGGGAUUCGAGGAUCGUGAGAAUCUUCCCUACAUUAACGCCUUAGUCAAAGAGGUAUUACGAUGGCACCCGGUAGUUCCAAUGAAUGUUGCACACGCCUCGAGCCAGGAUGACAUUUGUGAGGGAUACUUGAUUCCCAAGGGAUCGUCUAUUCUUGCCAAUAUAUGGGCAUUUACACACGAUGAAAAUGUCUACCAUGAUCCCAUGGCCUUCAAACCGGAACGUUUUCUCGUCACGCCCGAGCAUCCGCAUCCGGAACGAGAUCCUCAUCUACUCGCAUUUGGCUUUGGUCGUCGAGCCUGUCCCGGCCGUACUUUGGCGGAUUCAAAUGUGUUCCUUUCCGUCGUGCAGUCUCUGGCGGUUUUUAAUAUCGGAAAGCCGGUGCGCAAUGGUGAAGUACAAGAUGUCCCUCUCAAAUUCCUACCAGGGGUUAUCAGCCACCCUGCUCCAUUUGAAUUAGCGAUACAUCCACGAAGUGAGAAGCAUCGAGAGCUUAUCCAGGCCCUGGAGAAGCAAUAUCCCUGGGGCAAGAGUGAUGCCGAGGCUCUUGGGAGUGUGGUGUUCUAA